AGUGAAGUCUCGCGAGAAGAGGCGGUCGCUGUAGCGGAGCCCUGUGGCUGUGUGUGUGUGUGUGUGUGUGUGUGUGUGUGUAUGUGUGUCUGAGGAGGAUCCGGCGCCGAAGCUGCGGACGGUUUGCUGAGCCCGUUAGUGUCCCUGCGGAGACUCAACGCCGGCGUCAUGUCCCGGUACCUGCGCCCCCCCAACACGUCUCUCUUCGUGAGGAACGUGGCCGACGAUACCAGGUCUGAAGACUUACGUCGGGAAUUUGGUCGUUACGGUCCUAUAGUUGAUGUGUAUGUUCCACUUGAUUUCUACACUCGCCGUCCAAGAGGAUUUGCAUAUGUUCAAUUUGAGGAUGUUCGUGAUGCCGAAGAUGCUUUACAUAAUUUGGACAGAAAGUGGAUUUGUGGACGCCAGAUUGAAAUACAGUUUGCACAGGGGGAUCGAAAGACUCCAAAUCAGAUGAAAGCCAAGGAAGGGAGGAAUGUGUAUAGUUCUUCACGCUAUGAUGAUUAUGACAGAUACAGACGUUCUAGAAGCCGAAGUUAUGACAGAAGAAGAUCAAGAAGUCGGUCCUUCGAUUACAACUAUAGGAGAUCUUAUAGUCCUAGAAAUAGACCGACUGGAAGACCACGGCGUAGCAGAAGCCAUUCCGACAAUGAUAGAUUCAAACACCGAAAUCGAUCUUUUUCAAGAUCUAAAUCCAAUUCAAGAUCACGGUCCAAGUCCCAGCCCAAGAAAGAAAUGAAGGCUAAAUCACGUUCUAGGUCUGCAUCUCACACCAAAACUAGAGGCACCUCUAAAACAGAUUCCAAAACACAUUAUAAGUCUGGCUCAAGAUAUGAAAAGGAAUCAAGGAAAAAAGAACCACCUAGAUCCAAAUCUCAGUCAAGAUCACAGUCUAGGUCUAGGUCAAAAUCUAGGUCAAGGUCUUGGACUAGUCCUAAGUCCAGUGGCCACUGAUAGUAUAAACCAUGAUAUUUUUAGGCAUGUAUCAUUCAUUUACUCAUAGUUUGGUUUACUUAAAUUAUCAGGAAUACAAUGUUGCAAUGAUGCUUAAAAAACACUUGUCAGUUUUCCCUGUACCAGGCAAUGGUUAUAAUUAAAAUGAUAUGCUGUUGAGAAGCCACUCUUAAGAGUCCAGUUUGUUUAAUGUUAUGGGCAGCUACCAAUUCGUGGUGUCUCUGUAUAUUUUUGUAAAGAUUCUCAUUUUUUAUGCUUGAAGUAUUGGUGAAAAGAUGUUGGUUGACCAUAAUUUGCAACAUUGUCUUAUUAAAAAUAAACUUUCAUAUCCAUACUUGGUAGAACUGUUAACCUAGAAAUGUAGCUUGCUAAUAAGAUAGAAUGAUAAAAAAGUGAAGUUGUAGCCACAGUACAACACUGACCGACCAGACACAUUUAGGUUCAGGGUGGACCUGUUUGUCUUGUCAAGAUGUCUAGGCCCGUGAUGGUAAUUUAUGGCACAGUGCGGAAUAGUUCUUUUGUUAACCCCCACUGUCUUGGAAAAUGACAAGUGGGUUAAGUAGCAUUUUUCAGGCAGAUUGUUUGAUUGAAACAAGGAGCCUUCACUUUCCUGGUUUCUAUGAAGAUUUGGAACCAUACAAACGUCGGAAAAACUCACCUUAAAACUUGGGCAGGUUGAUGAUGGCAGAAAUAAUUUUAAGUGGAAAAGAAUGCUCUUAUGUAGUUACUCUCAACUUUAAGGAGCGUUGUUGACCAUAAUAUUGCAUAGUUUUCUUACUGCUGUUAAAAGCAAGUAAAGUGUUUCAAAGGAGGUUUUGUUUGUGAGUGUGCAUAGUGUAAGAGGACUGAAUUUUGAUGCUUAAAGCACUUGGUGUGUGCAUUUGUAUCAAAAUGUGCCCAUCUCUCUAUGAAGGAAGCUUGUUCUUCACACCUCAGUUUAUUUAACGUGAGGCAAGUUAAAAAAACAACACUCCCAUUCUAAGUGAUUCUCUGGUGCCAUGAGAUUUAAAAUAACUUUGAAAAAAAUUAAUUUCAAGAAAGUCACAUCUCUUUGAGUUUUUGAUUGAUUAUCAGUGUAGUACCUGAUAAAAAUAAGAGAAUAAUACCCUACUCUAUAAAAAUUUCUAACAUCUCUCUGUGAGAUCAUGUGGGGGCAAUAAAAAGUGACUUGAUAUGUCCAGUCUCAUUUCAGAGUAAAAGCUAGCAUCUUUAAAAUUUUAGAUCGCUUGCUUACAGGCAUAAGUAAGAAAUGCUGUGGGGAAACUAUCCCUUUUAGAGGAUUACUUUUUUCAGUUUUGGUUUUAGAGAUCUAGGCCUUGCCUGUAAAGAACAAAAGGUGGUUUUUAAAUACUGUUUGUGGAAUGUGUUUAAAGGAUUGAUUCUAGAACCUUUGUAUAUUUGAUAGUAUUUCUAACUCAUUUCUUUACUGUUUGCAGUUAAUGUUCAUGUUCUGCUAUGCAAUCAUUUAUAUGCACGUUUCUUUAAUUUUUUUAGAUUUUCCUGGAUGUAUAGUUUAAACAAAAAGUCUAUUUAAAACUGUAGCAGUAGUUCGCAGUUCUAGCAAAGAGGAAAGUUGUGGGGUUAAACUUUGUAUUUUCUUUCUUAUAGAAGCUUCUAAAAAGGUAUUUUUAUAUGUUCUUUUUAACAAAUAUUGUGUACAACCUUUAAAACAUCAAUGUUUGGAUCAAAACAAGACCCAGCUUAUUUUCUGCUUGCUGUAAAUUAAGCAAACAUGCUAUAAUAAAAACAAAAUGAAGGAAA